ACAUGGACUUGAUGUGAGAAAACCAAAGUUCCAGUUGAAGUGUUAACGAGUUCUUUGGUUUCAGUGAUUGCUGUGAAAACACUGAGAGAAGAAGAGACAGAGAAGAGCAGAGGAGAGAACAAUGUUUGACUUCACAUCACUUCUCUUCCCUCUGAUUCUGACAUGGAUGCUCACAUUUACAGACGCUCAAACAUUCAGAAACAAGAAUGUCAGAGUUGGAGAUGAAGUCACUUUGAAGUGUGGAAAUGCAAAUGAUUUCAGUGAUGGAUGUUCCUGGAUCACAUGGUUGUACAGUAAUUCAACCAACCCAGCAACUACCCUGUUUGAACACGGGAAGAUUCUCAAAGAUGUUGGAUCUAAAUCAGACAGACUGAAUGUUACAGAGAAAUGUUCUCUGGUUAUAAAGAAGAUCACAGAUGAAGAUGCUGGAACAUACAACUGCAGACAGUUCAGCACAUCAGGACAAAUGGAGACAGAAUUUCAGGUACAACUGACCGUCAGAAACGCUGACUCCUCAGCAACCACAGGAUCAGUUCUGCAAACAUUGAAACCAUCAGCUGCACCAGAUAAUUUCACCAAUACAAACAUGACAGCAGUGAUCAUCACUGCAGCUGUAAUUGUUGCAGCAUGCAUUCUAGUUGUUGUGAUGCUGAUGGGAUGGAGGAGGAUUAAAGAAAGAAAAACAAAGAUUGAGGCAAACAUGGCAUACAUGGUGAGUUUUGAACUUCUGUAA